AACCUUUGCUUUUUGCUCAUAGGAAAAGAAGCAUGUAACCAAUUUACACUUGUUGUUGUUUAAUUUUUCUUUAUUUUCUAUUGUGAUUUAUUUGAUUGUCUUUUAAUUUUAAGGUUUCCAUCAACACCUUUCUCUAAAGAAUCAUGGCUUUCAGAGUACAAUUUGAAUCAAACGAUGAAGUUGGUGUAUUUGCUAAAUUAACUAAUAGCUAUUGUUUGGUUGCUAUCGGAGGAUCACAAAAUUUUUAUUCAAUAUUUGAAGCUGAAUUGAGUGACAGUAUUCCAGUCAUCCAUGCAUCUAUUGGUGGAUGUCGUAUCGUUGGCAGAUUAACUGUUGGAAAUCGACAUGGUUUAUUGGUACCAAAUACAACUACUGACCAAGAAUUACAACAUUUAAGAAACUCACUACCUGAUUCUGUUAAAAUCGAACGAGUUGAGGAAAGAUUAUCUGCUCUAGGAAAUGUAAUUGCUUGCAAUGAUUAUGUCGCUUUGGUGCACCCUGAUCUUGAUAAAGAUACUCAAGAGAUAUUAAUUGACACACUGAAUGUAGAAGUUUUCAAACAGACUAUCGCAGAUCAAGUUCUGGUCGGAAGUUACUGUGCUCUUUCUAAUCAAGGCGGUCUUGUCCAUCCAAAGGCAAAUAUUGAACACAUGAAUGAAUUAUCAACUCUCCUACAAUUACCUCUUGUUGCUGGAACUGUUAAUCGAGGUUCUGAUGUUAUUGGUGGAGGAAUGGUUGUAAAUGAUUGGAGUGCUUUUUGUGGUUUCGAUACAACUGCAACUGAACUUUCAUUGAUUGAAAACAUAUUUAAACUUAACGAAUCAGCUGGACCUAGCGUGAUACAACAGAAUUGGAUGUAUCAUUUUGGAUUUAAUUGGAUGUUAUCAAUCAUGGCUUUCAGAGUACAAUUUGAAUCAAACGAUGAAGUUGGUGUAUUUGCUAAAUUAACUAAUAGCUAUUGUUUGGUUGCUAUCGGAGGAUCACAAAAUUUUUAUUCAAUAUUUGAAGCUGAAUUGAGUGACAGUAUUCCAGUCAUCCAUGCAUCUAUUGGUGGAUGUCGUAUCGUUGGCAGAUUAACUGUUGGAAAUCGACAUGGUUUAUUGGUACCAAAUACAACUACUGACCAAGAAUUACAACAUUUAAGAAACUCACUACCUGAUUCUGUUAAAAUCGAACGAGUUGAGGAAAGAUUAUCUGCUCUAGGAAAUGUAAUUGCUUGCAAUGAUUAUGUCGCUUUGGUGCACCCUGAUCUUGAUAAAGAUACUCAAGAGAUAUUAAUUGACACACUGAAUGUAGAAGUUUUCAAACAGACUAUCGCAGAUCAAGUUCUGGUCGGAAGUUACUGUGCUCUUUCUAAUCAAGGCGGUCUUGUCCAUCCAAAGGCAAAUAUUGAACACAUGAAUGAAUUAUCAACUCUCCUACAAUUACCUCUUGUUGCUGGAACUGUUAAUCGAGGUUCUGAUGUUAUUGGUGGAGGAAUGGUUGUAAAUGAUUGGAGUGCUUUUUGUGGUUUCGAUACAACUGCAACUGAACUUUCAUUGAUUGAAAACAUAUUUAAACUUAACGAAUCAGCUGGACCUAGCGUGAUACAACAGAAUAUGCGUCAGACAUUGAUUGAAAAGCUUGCUUGAUCGUAUUCGAUCGAGUUUUUCAACUUUAAAUUUUUGAUAUUACGUAAAAGUAUCGCUGAUAAAUUGCUCAUUCUUCUGAAUGAAUAGCUGGAGAGCAAGAAUUGUCCACUGAUACUGAUAUUGUUAUUCAUUUUUCUUCCAUUACUUUUUGUAAAUCGCGCAAUCUUGAAAUGAUAUUGUAUUGAUAUGGUGUGUAUGAUAUGAUAUGUGAGGAUUAACAUAGAUUUGCUUCAAAAUGAGUUGAAAA